GCUGCUGCUAGUAGGCUUGUUUGAAAUCACCUGACUAGUUUUAACCGAGAGUGUCUAGAUGGUUGUUGUUGUAUUCGAGUCCAGUCUGGGACGAUUGAGAAGUUUCUGGUUUUUGCAUGCGAUGUUUCGUUUUAAAAACAUCCGUGAAUUAACAUGUUUGUUUGUUACCCUUUAUAUCUUAAUGAGCCAGUCGUUGGCAGAUGACCAGGACUUCAUGGAGGAGUUUCUGAAGCGUGAAUAUUCCCUGGCAAAGCCAUACCGUGGAUUGGGCUUCUCUAGUUCUUCGCAGUGGGAUCUGAUGGGCACUGCUGUGGUUACCCCUGACCAUGUGAGGCUGACCCCAGACAUGCAGAGCAGACAAGGAGCUGUGUGGAGUCGAAUUCCUUUCUUCUUGAAGGAUUGGGAGCUCCAGGUGCAAUUUAAAAUCUUUGGUCAGGGAAAGAAGAAUUUCAAUGGGGAUGGGAUGGCCAUCUGGUUAACUAAAGACCGCAUGCAGAAAGGUCCCGUGUUUGGCAACAUGAACCACUUCAUUGGACUUGGGAUAUUUGUGGACACUUACCUCAAUGCUGAAAAGAGCCAUGAUAGAGCUUUCCCUUAUAUAUCAGUGAUGCUGGGGAAUGGGACUCUAUCAUAUGACCACGAUAAUGAUGGCCGGUUCACCGAACUCGGGGGGUGCACAGCCAUUGUGCGUAACGCGCUCUACAACACGUUUCUCCUUGUCAGAUACUCCAGAAACAGACUCACGGUCAUGGUGGAUGUAGACGGCAGGCAGGAAUGGAGCGAAUGUGCUGACAUCACAGGACUCCGGCUACCUACAGGCUACUACUUUGGUGCCUCUGCUGCCACUGGGGACCUGUCAGAUAACCAUGACAUCAUCUCCAUGAAGUUGUACCAGCUGACAGUAGAGCGGACUCCAGAGGAUGACGAAGAGGAGGAAAUCACCCUACCCAGAGUUGACGGCAUGGAACAGUUUGCAGUGGAUGUUGAGGAUCCUGGGAUGAGUGGAGUCCAGUUCUUCUUCACGCUCCUCUUCUCUAUCCUGGGCCUCAGCGUGCUGGCAGCAGUAGGACUGGUGGUUUAUGGGCGCUGGAAGGAAAACAAACGUAAACGCUUCUAUUGAUCAGAGACUAGUUGGUCUACAUCAGUUUUCAGAACGUGUGUUUCUUAAUCAACAAUGCAACGACUGCCAUAGCUUUACUGCAACUAUACAAUUGAGUGAACUGAGUGAACAGCCACUUGGGUCUCAGGCCCAGAGUCAACAGAACAAACCGACUAAAUGAACAGGUGAGCCAGCUGUGGAAUAUUUCUUUUUCUUUUAGUGUUAUGAGUGAUAGAUGAAAUAAAGCUCCUCUUAGUGUUAUGAAUGAUAGAUGAAAUAAAGCUCCUCUAGUUGAAUUGUGUUAAAAUAUGCUCAUCUCAACUUAAUGCACACUGGGUUUGCAGCAUGGCUCUGCACUGACAAUGUAGAUUUCAGACAAACACUUCAGAAUCAACUGCAAAAUCAGAUGCUGUAUCUAGUUUAACGGCAUCAUGUAAAAGACUUUAUGGUACUGAGGUUUGAUUACCCACUUAAGACUUUCAAAAGAUCGAUCGACCUGUGGAUGGCUGCCGACGUCUUGCUGCACUGAACAAGUCAAAUUAUACUGAGCCCCCAUGCAUUUGACAGCACCUUUAGUGCCAAUCAAAGCACUUACCUCAACUUGUGUGCAAAGGGAUGUACAUCAACUGUUUGUAAAUGUACAAUUGAUGAUACAACACGAUAUGCUGUGCUACCAGUGUUAAGUGCCUAGUUAGAACCAAUGAAAAUGAGCUCUUGCUUUGUUUGAA